ACACCACGCCUUCAUCUUUGAUUUGUGCGUGUCUUCUCUCUCACUCAUAUUCACUCUCACCAUCUUUACCCUUUAGUUUCUUCUGGAAAGGAAAAAAUGGGUGCACUUACCUACAUCAUCUCAAACUUUUGCACACUUCCAGCCUCAAAGACCAAAACAAUGCAGACAGUUGAGAUCAAAGUCAAAAUGGACUGUGAUGGCUGUGAACGAAAAGUCAGAAAUGCAGUAGCCACGAUGAAAGGAGUAAAAUCUGUGGAGAUAAACCGAAAGCAAAGCAGGGUGACAGUGAACGGUUGUGUUGAUCCAAACAAGGUGUUGAAUAGGGUAAAAGGAACUGGGAAAAAAAGAGCUGAAUUUUGGCCCUAUGUUCCACAACAUGUGGUGAGCUAUCCUCAUGCCUCCGGUGUCUAUGACAAAAGGGCACCCUCCGGCUAUGUUCGAAACGCGCAAACAUUCACACCUUCUGUUGAGACAGAAGAGAAAUUUAUGUCCCUUUUCAGUGAAGACAACGUAAAUGCAUGUUCCAUCAUGUAAAACAUAUAAUGUAAGCAACAUAAAGUAGAAACUAUGUUAAUUAGAUGAUGUUAUGAUUUUAUUACAUAUAAAAAUUUCUGAUCUCACACGACUCUUGAAGUGGAAGAAGAUUUAGCAGCUUUUUCUUGUGGUGCUUCGAAGUGUGAUGGGGAAGGGUCAAUGAAUGUAUAUAGUACACAUAUAUCUAUAUAUCUUUUUUUUC